ACACUCAGCGGCAUGGGGCUCUCUGCUCAGCGCUCUGCAAGGCUUGGAAAGUUGACUGCUUCAUUUAUUUGAAGAAAGAUAGACAUUUUGUCGGCGGGGUUUUUUGCUGUCAUGAGACUAAGUAGGGUAGAAUUUAACACGUAGUUUCUGCUCCACUGGUUAAUUUCAGGGUUUUUUUUAUUUGUAAAUUCCGAAUCCAGUAACAUCCUCCUCAUGUGAUGUCUAGGUUAGCUCUGUAUGUUUACGAGUACCUGCUGCAUGUAGGAGCACAGAAGUCAGCACAGACCUUUCUCUCAGAGAUCCGAUGGGAGAAGAACAUCACAUUAGGAGAACCUCCGGGGUUCCUCCACUCAUGGUGGUGUGUUUUCUGGGACCUGUACUGUGCAGCUCCAGAGAGAAGAGACACAUGUGAACACUCCAGUGAGGCCAAGGCCUUUCAUGACUAUAGUGCUGCAGCAGCCCCCAGCCCAGUCCUUGGAAACCUUCCCCCAGGAGAGGGCAUGCCAGUGGGACCAGUCCCUCCAGGAUUCUUUCAGCCAUUUAUGUCACCUCGAUACCCCGGAGGACCCAGACCACCCCUCAGAUUACCCAACCAGGGACUUGGAGGAGUCCCAGGUAGCCAGCCUAUGUUACCAAGUGGAAUGGACCCCACAAGACAGCAAGGACAUCCAAAUAUGGGAGGACCGAUGCAGCGGAUGACUCCACCCAGAGGCAUGGUACCGCUGGGGCCCCAGAACUACGGAGGUGGAAUGAGACCACCACUGAAUGCCCUGGUUGGUCCUGGGAUGCCUGGCAUGAAUAUGGGACCUGGUGGGGGUAGACCCUGGCCAAAUCCUCCAAACUCCAAUUCAACCCCUUACUCUUCUGCAUCUCCAGGAAGUUAUGUGGGACCUCCAGGAGGCGGAGGGCCACCUGGGACCCCAAUAAUGCCAAGUCCAGCAGAUUCAACCAACUCCGGCGACAACAUGUACACGAUGAUAAACACAGUCCCUCCAGGUGGAAGCCGACCAAAUUUCCCUAUGGGUGCGGGCGGCGAUGGUCCAUUAGGGGGAAUGGCUGGAAUGGAGCCCCAUCACAUGAAUGGAUCAUUAGGAUCAGGUGAUAUGGACAGUCUCCCUAAGAACUCUCCUGGUAACCUAAGUAUGAGUAACCAGCCGGGAACCCCCAGGGAGGAUGGAGAGAUGGGAGGAAACUUCCUUAACCCUUUUCAGAAUGAAAGUUAUUCUCCAAACAUGACGAUGAGCGUGUGAAGGCUUGGGAAGCGGGUUGGUCAGUCGCUCAGUAAACUGGUGUGGAUUGGUGAAAAAGCAGAGAGACUGGGUGUGAUGUCAUCUAGGCCAGUGACUUCCUCCACCACCACCUACCUAGUCAGGACAGUAGCCCACGGUCUGUCCUUCUACCCCCCCCCCCCCCCCCCCCACCUCCCCUCUCCCACCCCUCCAUGGUUUCUGUCCACGUCUCUUCUCUCCUGUUUCUUCUCCCGUUCUAAGUGGUGACUCUGCUACAUUCAUCAGUUCUUCCUCUGCAACUAUGAGACUGUACAAAGGAACCAAAUUGAAAAAACCUGGAGGAGAACUCUUUGUAUAUUUGCAUACGGUGUGUAUGAGACGUGCACACACUGCAGUCACAGACAGAUGUUUCUGCCUUUUGCAUCAUGUCACGGAGUUCUUGCCCAAAUACAAAAGGCCAGUAUCCUAUUUAUCCUAAAGUUUAAAUUUCCAAGAAUUUAAAGAGAUAUAGACACUUUUUGAUUGAUGGUAAAAAAAAAAUUUUAUCCAGCUGACUGUCACAUGGAACAUCUUUUGUCUUUACCUGACAAAUUACUUUGUCCAUUAGUGGAAGAGAAUUUGAGAGACAUCAUAAUCAUAUUACCACGAGGUUUUAAUUGAAGCUUCUGCAAAUAUUUGUAAAGUCUUUUCAACUCUUGUUGUUGUCUAAAUCUUUAUGACCACUUACAUUGUGUUUUAUGUUUUAUACUAUGGGUCUAAGAAGUUUUUUUUUAAUUUCCAUCACAAUCUCAGUCAGAAAUGUGGAAAAUGUAAAAUCUCUCACUCUGCCUCACCUCUAUUACAUUUGCAAGGCCUGAAGAGGCAUAUGAAGUGCAGAUCAAAAUCAGUUCUUUGUUCAGACUUUAAUAAGAAUUUAAAGAAAGGCUUCAGCACGUUGAAUGGUUAUUAGGAAAAAAUAGCUUUGUUAAAGGCUUAAAGUGACACUACGUAACUUUUGAACAGUAGCCACUAUUGCCACAAGUGACAAUUACAGGAUAAUGAUAAAUGAUAAUGAUAAUGCUUAAGCAUAGUGAAACCAGAAAAGGAAGUCUGUGAAGUGGCUUGGUAAUGUCCAUUAUAGAGCAGAUAAAGUUUGUAACACUAGCUAACAUUUAGCAACCAAAAGUUACUGGUCAUACCAGACCAAGUUAGGCUGUAGACACAAAAACCCUGAGUGUAUUGAAUUGAGCAAUGGUGUAUUUUAUUAUUUAUGAAUUCAACUUUCCAUUUGUAAGCCAAAGAAUUUGUUGUUUCUUCUUUCAAAAGUUACAUAGUCUCCCUUUAAGUCAAAUGAGAUCAGUCCUUAACUGUAAUUUAAUUGGGGAUAGCAGUGAGGAUAACACUGGAGAAGAUUGUUUGCACAAAGGUUAAUACCUAAUAGCACUGGACAGACUGAAAGUCUGCCCAUUUUUUUUUGUUUUUUACGAGUAAGUGAUCCUUCUGCAUUCAGCAGGCCUUUGUUGCAAUUCAGACUGUAGUGGUAAACCAAGAGUCCAUUGAAAGAUUUUACAUUCUGUUGACUGCCCAACCACAGGACAAAGUUUAAGUUGGGGACAGCAAAACAUAAUUGAUUUUUCUUAUGUAAAGAUUUUUUCUAACAAGGGGGAAAACCUGUGGUCAUAUUGUUUGUUUUUUUUGUUUGCUGAGGCCUCUCUCAACUCUAGUUGUUUAAACCUUGAUGCAAAUGAUUUAUCAGGUUACGUCACAGUUUACUUAACAUAAAAUGUUAAAAUGAGAGAGAAAUCAAAGACAAAUUAAUGGUGGUAAACGGUGAGACACAAACUUGUCACUUUGGUCACUCAUACUUAAUAGUCCUUGGAUAAACUGUGAUCUCAGUGUGAUAUGAAAGGUUGGUUGGUACAGAAAGCUAAGAUAAGCUUGUUUUUAAUCAAUGUUUUCAACUUUUUUCACUGCCCAAGAUGUAUUAUCAUCAUGUAUAAAAGAUCAACAUGCCUGUGAACAUUCUCCUUUCCCCUCCCUUACUGCAAAGUGUACAGCUCACAAAUGUAGCUCCUCUGUCUUGUAUGUGUAUUUGAUAUUAUUGUUAUUAUUUAAAGAAAAAUCUGGAAUUAUCGCAAAAGGGAGCGAUGGACUGAUGACGCACCAUCACAACUGAACAGAGAUUUUUAUUUUGUGUGGUUUUUUUUUUAGAUUGAAGCCAUGAGUGGGAGUACAAGAAGAUGCAUUUGUACAUCGGAUCAUGUUUUCUGUUUUCUGGCAGUAUGUGGGACUCCAUUUGUGAUGUGUUAAUUUUCUCUUUUUUAUUCUUGUAUUAUGUUUUUGUAAAUACAGAGAAGUAUUUCAUGAGUUUUGAAUAUGCUGGUAUAAAGCUUCUCUUCCCUUA